GCCGUAUCUCCACACUUCCGGUUCCGGCGCCGCUCAGUUCCGGUUCCGGCGCGGUGCCCUGGUGACCGCCGGUGCCAUGGGCGCUCACCUGGCCCGGCGCUACGCCGGGGGGGCGGACACGGAACCGGACCCGUUGGCGAUGCCCACGUUCCCCGCUGACCUGGGCCUGCCCGAGCGGGAGCCGCGCACGAUGGUGGCCUCCUCGCAGCAGUUGGCCGAGGGCCGCGUCCCCCUGGCGCAGCGCGACUUCUGCGCCCACCACCUCCUGCGCCUGAUGCGCUGCCGCCGCGACGCCUUCCCCAGCCUGUGGCAGUGCCAGCACCUGCGGCACCAGUGGGACAGCUGCCAGCACCACGAGUAGG